AUGAAAAAUAUCCGGAAUAAAUUUAAAGGCAUCAAUAAACAUUAUACAACGUCAAGGCUGUAUCCCAAAUUACCUCCGAUUGACUUCAAGCCUUUACCGUACAAAGGCGUUUCUUAUGAAAAAGCACAGUCCAUGCAAUUGGACAAUGUGUUUCCUCAAGUACAGAUGUACGAAGAACCUCUACUUUUACAUGAAGGUAAAAUGCAAUGGCUGUUCGAUCACAAGGGCAAGCGGUACUUGGACAUGUUUGGAGGCAUAGCGACCGUUAGCGUAGGUCACUGUCAUCCACGAAUUACUGAAGCAAUCGCCGAGCAGUCGGGUAUUUUGGGUCACGUGUCCGGAGCGUACGAGCAUCCGAAAAUGUACGAGUACGUGGAAGCGCUUGUAUCAAAAAUGCCAGGAGAUCUAAAGACUGUGUACCUGGUAAACAGCGGUUCGGAAGCCAACGAACUAGCGAUGCAGCUGGUUCGACUGCACACUGGAAACCAGGAUGUGCUAUCAAUUCAGAACUGUUACCACGGUGUGUCCGGAAAUCUACAUGGGCUGACGGCAUUGGCAUCGGCCAAGUACAGCAACAUGUCUGCUGGCCACUUCAUUCACCACGCGAUGUGCCCGGACGUGUUCAAAGGUAUCUGGGGCGGGAAAAAGUGCAGAGACUCUCCGGUGCAGACGCAGAGAUCUUGCGAAUGUGACCGGGUUCGUUGUCGUGCAGCCGACAAGUACUAUGAACAGCUAGAAGAUAUUUUCUUGUAUUCGAUACCCCGUGGCAAGGUGGCAGGGUUUUUCGCGGAGUCCAUUCAGGGCGUCGGUGGAAUCGUCCAAUUCCCGAGGGGUUAUUUAAAAAGAGUCUACGAAUUGAUCAGGAGCAACGGUGGUCUGUGCGUGGCCGACGAAGUGCAAACAGGCUUCGGUAGAACUGGCGAACACUUUUGGAACUUCGAAUCACACGGCGUCACACCGGACAUUGUGACAAUGGCCAAAGGCAUCGGGAACGGUUUUCCUAUGGCAGCUGUCGUCACGACGCCCGCGAUUGCGCGGUCAUUGAAUUCGGGUUUUCAUUUUAACACGUUCGGCGGCAAUCCUGUUUCGUGUGCCGUAGGUGUGUCGGUGUUAAAGGUAAUCGAUGAAGAAGGUUUGCAGCAAAAUUGUUUGGACGUGGGCACAUAUUUCCUAGAAAAGUUGUGCGGCAUGAGACGCGAGUGGAAAAUAAUCGGUGACGUACGAGGCAAAGGACUGAUGAUCGGCGUAGAGUUGAUAGACGGUCAAGACGAUAGCGACAAGGGCAUAAUAAAUCCACUAAACUGCAGAGCUAUUUCCCGUAUUAAAAACGAUUGCUUAAAAAUGGGACUUCUAUUUGGGGUUGGAGGAGUUCGAUCAAACGUACUGCGCUUUAUGCCUCCUAUGUGUGUAACGAAAGCUGACGUGGAUUUCACUAUUGCAGUUUUGAGACGAGCUAUGCAAAAUUAUUACGAAGCUAAAUACCGUAAUAAUCUUUAA